ACAACUGAGGGCUGUCUGAAGUAUGGAGCACUCUGCCCGCACUAAAGAUGGCCGCGGUUCCCACCCACCCCGGGCUCCGCUGUGCCCUUCGCUGCCAGGAACAAACAUGGCUGCCCAGUCACCGCCCCCGCUGCCCUCACUCAAUAUGGCGGCGCCCGCGCCCUCAGGCGCGCUCUCGCCAGCAGCCAACAUCGCGGGCGGAAGGCGCGUGCGGCGGGGCCAAGAUGGCGGCGGUCACCAUGAGGCUGCCGGCGGUUCGCGCGCCCCUGGAUUCCGGCGCGCGCCGGGGCGGCGAGAAGCACCUGGUGGCACCGGGGGACACGAUCACCACGGACACGGGAUACAUGAGGGGCCACGGUACUUAUGUGGAGGACGACAAGCUGAUCGCCUCUGUGGCCGGCGUGGUGGAGAGGGUGAACAAGCUGGUGUGUGUGAGGGCGCUGAAGGCCAGGUACAACGGCGAGAUCGGCGACAUCGUGGUCGGGAGGAUUACGGAGGUUCAGCAGAAGCGAUGGAAAGUGGAAACAAAUUCCAGGCUGGAUUCAGUCCUGUUGCUGUCGUCUAUAAAUUUACCUGGUGGGGAGCUGAGAAGGAAAUCAGCAGAAGAUGAGCUUGCAAUGAGGGACUACCUGCAGGAAGGGGAUCUCAUCAGUGCAGAGGUGCAAUCUAUAUUUUCUGAUGGGGCUGUAUCACUGCACACCCGGAGCCUGAAGUAUGGGAAGCUUGGCCAGGGUGUGCUGGUUCAGGUCUCUCCCUCCCUUGUGAAACGCCAGAAGACUCAUUUCCAUGACCUGCCCUGUGGUGCAUCCGUGAUCCUUGGCAACAAUGGCUUCAUCUGGAUCUAUCCAACUCCAGAGCAGAAGGAUGAUGAGGCUGGAGGCUACACCUCAAACUUGGAGCCCGUUCCCUUGUCUGACCGGGAGGUGAUCUCGCGGCUCCGAAACUGCAUCGUGGCUCUGGUUACUCACAAGAUGAUGCUCUUUGACACCAGCAUCCUGUAUUGCUAUGAAGCUUCCCUUCCUCAUCAGAUCAAGGACAUUCUCAAACCUGAGGUGACAGAGGAGAUCGUUCUGGAAGCUCGACAGAGGCUGCUGGAUUUGGAGGGAUAGGGCACAUGGCCAGAAGCAGUCAUUUGAAAUCCCAGCAUGGCAGCUUUGAUUCUCAGUAUUAUAUGGCUUUUUUCAGUGUUCUACUCUCCAGCAUUCAUUCCACCCUUCAGAAACCACCAAAAUUCCUCACUCCUAGGGAUAUCUCCUGUGUCAUUUUAGUACAAAGUAGUACUUAACUGCAAUAGCCUUUUAGUGCAAUGGCCUGAAAAAUUGAUAUCUGACCUUUAUAAAGAUGCAGGUGCAACUGGGACAUGUCUCCUAGAACCUGUUGCUGUGUCUAGUGCCCCAGAACUUUGUGCAGAAUGACAGAGAGGAAGGGAUAUGUUUUGUGAUGUUUCUCUCUCCCUAGAAGAUGAUUUGGAUUUGAAUUUACAUGUGAUAAGGAUCUGCUAGAUUGUCCCCUGACUGAGAGCCCUUGUUUCUAAGAAUAUAAAUCCAGGCACAUGUGUUUAGAGAACAGGAGUAUCCACACCCUUGCUAACCACAGUUUGGGUCUGGCUGUUUAUGGCUUGAAUGUCUCAGGGGUAUGAGAUGGGAUGUGGCUGUCACUAUCCAUAUGAGCCAGGAGCUGUGGACAAGCAGUGUCCUGGUUUGUGUGUAUCCUGCUGGUCUUUUUUUUUUUUAUGCCUGAGAUGUGAGCUUCUCUUCUGAAGAGGCACCACUAUGGUUUUUUAUUAAGUAUUUUACAUUUCAAUAAAUUUUUUGAAACAAA